ACAUUGUUGAAAACCGAGCCCCAUUUAGUUGCGAAUGCUAGGCAACGGCGGAGUGGGGGUGCUGGGAGACGUUAUCGGAGGAAUCGAGAGAGGAAAGGCAGCAGCCGGAGAGGAAGGGGAGGAGGAAGAGGAGGACCCUGCUGGGGGAAGCGGGACUGAACAAGAGGGAAAAGGAAGCCUUUUGGAGCAAGGGAGCGGGCAGCUGCGCGCUUCCGGGAGGGCGCGGGGCUGGAGCGGCCCCAAUCCCGGGCUAUUGUAGGUGCGGCUGGGGGAAAACCGGCGCAGACUCGGGAGCGCGAGGGCUGAGCCGCUGUGGGGGUGGCGGGCGGACGGACUAUGUGACUGCCUGUGCCAGGCGGCCGAUUUCCCCGAGUGUUUGGGAAAGGCUCCUGAGCAGCGCACGGGUACCACGGCCAAGAUUGACCAGCAGAGCCCCAUGGAGCCUGCCCGCGGCUCUCGCCGGCUCCGCUCCUGCUCCUGCUCCCUGCUCUUCCUGCUCCUGGCAGCGUCCCAUAGCUGGUCAGGAGUGCGAGGUCAGGAGGGGCUUCAGGUGCUGCAGCCCAAAGACCACGUGUCCGUGGCCGAGGGCGAGACCGUGGUCCUGAACUGCACGGUGCCUGGGAUACCUCCUCCGGGGCCAGUGAGGUGGUUCAAGGGAAAGGAGCCCCAGAGGCAGGAGAUCUACAAUUUCAAAGGAGGCUCCCACCCACGGAUUAAGCCAGCUGCCCUACGCCCCAGCAACUCGGACUUCUCCAUCAGCAUCAGCCACAUCACUCCGGAGGACUCGGGCACCUAUUACUGCGUGAAGUUCAAGAAAAAUUUCCAGGAUCCUGACACAGAGCUUAAAUCUGGAGAGGGCACCAUGCUCUCCGUGACGGCCAAACCUUCUGUACCUAUGGUGUCUGGCCCUCAGGAGAGAGUAAAUGUUGAGCACUUGGAGAAUUUCACCUGCAAUUCAACCGGCUUCUCUCCCAAAACUAUCACCUUGAAAUGGUUUAAAAAUGGGAAUGAGAUCCCUGCCCGAUGGAUCAAGGUUUUCCCUGAGGGGGAUAGUGUCUCCUACAACAUUACCAGCGAUGUGCAGGUGAAACUAGAAGCUAGCGACGUCCACUCUGAGGUCAUCUGUGAAGUGAAUCACAGCACAUUGCAAACUCCUCUUCGAGGAACAAAGAAUUUGUCAGACAUUAUCCGAGUUGUACCUAAAGUGAACAUUUCUUCUCAACCACUUUCCUUGAACGGCACCAAUAUCACCUGUCAGGUGAAGAAUUUCUACCCCCAAAAUGUGAGUGUCAUCUGGCUAGAGAAUGGCACCGAGCUUGAGAAAGGCAAGACUUCUGAGCCCACAAAGAACAAAGAUGGCACCUACAGCCUCAAUAUCUCGCUCCUGGUCAACACGUCUGGACAAAAGGAAGCCCAAGAGAUCACCUGCCAGGUGCUGCACGACUCCCAGCUUCCCAUCAAUGCCAGUAAAACGUUCAGAGCCCCAGCCCCUUCUGGGACCAUGGACAAAAAGGAGUCGGAGCCUGGAUCCCAAAACAUCUUUAUUGCAGUGGGGAUAGUGUGUAUUUUGCUGGCAGCUCUGCUGAUUGCCACCAUCUACCUCAUCCGAGCCAAACAGAAAAAAGCAAAAGGUUCGACUUCUUCUACAAGGCACUCUGCUACGUAUCAAGAAUACAAAGAAAGGCCACACAGUGCCUGCCCUCAAGAGGCUUGCAGUCUCAAGGGGAGAAGCCCACAGACCACCAGAUUACAUGAGCCGGAAAAAAAUGCCCGAGACCUAAGCCAGAUCCAGGAGGCAAACGAUAUCAACAAUGACAUUACCUAUGCAGAUCUGAACCUGCCCAGAGGGAAGAAGAGCGCUCCACGGCCGGUGGAGACCAACAGCCAGACGGAGUACGCCAGCAUCCAGACGGGCCCGUCCCCCCAGCGGGAGGACACCCUCACCUACGCAGACCUGGACAUGGUCCACCUGAAUCGAUCGUCCAAGAAGCCCACGACCAGGCCCGAAGAGUCAUAUUCAGAGUACGCCAGUGUCCAAGUCCAAAGGAAGUGAACGCCGCUUCUGGGUUGCUGAUUUCCCGCGGCGGCGGAAGAUCGGGAGGCUCUUGCUGGGCUCUCCGAAGUUGGCGGCAUCGUCCCCCGGGAAGUGCGGUGGAAGUGCCCGCCAAUCUCUGCUCGCCGCGAAGGCUGCGUCCUUUGGGGCCCAUCGAUGAGGGGGAGGACGGCCCCCACUGCUCUCCACCGCGCGCUAACUCGCGAGCUUGGUGUGCACUUCCACCGAGGAACCAAGGGCUUUGGGGCAAGCUACGUUUCUAACAUUCCCAAAUGCGGAGGGUGACAUUGCAAACUAGGGUCGAGCAAAGGAACAGCAAUCUGGGGAAUUGCUGCCUCUCCCCGCUGGGGUGACUUCCUAAUGGCCUGGGGGCACAAGUUCCCUUCCUGCCGGGCCCAGCUUGUCCUGCUGGGCCCGGGACAUGCUCUUUAGACAGAUCACCUUCAUGGCUUUUCAGUAACACAGUCACUGACUCCAGUGUCCCCUCAACUCUGUUCUUCCAGGGCGAAAUAUGAAGGAAAAGCCUACUCUUUCUUCCCCCAACCUACCUGCGACUGCAAGGCUCUAGGAGAAAAUUCUCCAGAUGCUAGAAUCUUAUCUGCAGAGAGGCUGGAGAGACAACUAUCUGGGUGACCUGCUCGGAGGGACUUGGCCAGGGGUGAUGGUCGGGCUUCUCCGCUCCCCUGCUCCCGUCCCAGCACAGACUUGGAGAGGUAGACCUUCAGACGGACUCAGAACACCUACUUACACCAAGGGUCGCUUGGGACUUGACUCUCCCCUGGACAACCCUCCCCCAAACUCAGUUGUCCCAGCUGUAACUCCAUACAGACACACCUCUCAUUUCUAGACCUGAAUUUUGCUUCCAGCCCACACUAACACAGCAAUGUCUCGCUGCUGUUUACUCCUGUAAAUUAUUAAGAAAUGUGAAAUGUGCAAUCUUGAAACCAAGGUGUUAGAAAAUUUGAUCUGUGGUUUUUUUUUUUUUUUCCUUUUAAGCAUUAUAUUGGCUCUUUGUCAUGUGUUAAAGUCCUGUGUUGCACAUGGUCGAGUAUUACAGGGUGUAGGAAGGUUUAUCCUUUGCUGUUCAGGUUGAGUUUUCUUGAAGCAGAAACAUAAUUCUAUACAGUUACCAGAAGAUUAUUGGGCAGAUAGCCACAGUCCAGCUAUUGUUUGGGGGCACCUAGAUAUCUGAAUGUGAUUAAAUUGGUGAAAAUGACUUUAGUGGGACGGAGCUAGUGCCCUAUGGCUGAUAGUUCUGCUAACCUUAGCCUUUACCAUAAGCAGAGCUACUGAGACAACAUCUCCAGCAAUUGGGGUGGGGGGGGUGGGGAGUGGGAGCAUCCUGCGUGAGCUAGUGGAUAGCCUCUGCCUGAAAAUGCCCAAACCAAGAUCCCCCCACCUCCCACACUAACUUCCUACAUGGCCCUCAAAGAGUCCCUUAGCCUGGUGCCUCAGUUUCUCCACCUGUAAAAUGAAAUGAGAAGAUUUGCUACCAAACUCUAUCAAGCACUUUAUGAUUCUGGAGUCCAGGUGAAUUAUAUCUUUCUGGCAGGAGCAGCUAAAGAGCCAGCCCCACCUGCCUUCUCCGGGACAUCCCCUUCGUUUCAGCCGGACCAUCAUGAGGAGCGGAGUCACUGGAGGGCACUGAAGCCAGUCUCGGCUCCUCCCUCAUCCUCCGUCUCCAAAGCUGUAGCGUGGGCUAAUGGCUUCUCCUGCUUUUCCAGCAGUGACACCAAUUACCAUCCUGUCAUUCAGACUGUGAAACAGAUCUUCUAGAUGGAAGGCUGAUGGGGUGAGGGGCCGUGGAGCCAGGAAUCCAGGGAGGGCAGACGUUGCAUGACCUGUUUGGACUGUGCUGACACAUUAACUGUUCACUCUUUUUCCAGCUAAAUGCAAAUUUCCUCAUUCUCCCAGGGUUCAAGAACUCUGCCCAGAAUUCUUGGCUAGGUGAGUCAGAAACAAAAGCAGUGGCCUAAGGAGAGCCUUGGGCCCCGAGCGAGAACAUUUUCUGUCCCGGGCACUAACAAGGUGGUUGGGGGGGGGACAAGGCUGGGUUCCCAGCCCAAGCCUCGGGCUGCCUG